UUAGAUAUCAUAUCCAACCCAAUUAGGUUAGAUAGUAAAAUACCCAUGGUAUGAGUAAAAUUGUCAUUCCUAGUUACCUACCCACCAUGUUGAUGAAUAUUUCUAUAAUACAAUGUACAACGACAUUGUAAUUGACUACAAUCGCGAGAGAGAAAAAACAUUAUGAUAUGGUUAGGGGUUGCAAUAAUACGGUUCAUAGUGAAUUAAGUCAUAGGGAAUUGAUAUUUAGAUCGAAUCGAAUUAGAUCGAAUAUAUUUCAAUUUAAUUUUGGUCCUAUAAAUUAUUUUAAGUAUGAAGAAAAAAUGGACUGAAAUUGAAUUUAGACGGUACAAAAUGAAAUCAAAUGAACUAGUCCUAUCUCAAUUUGAUGAUUCUGGACUGAAUCAACUUAUGCCUACCCCUAAAUAUGAUUGAAGUUGACAGUUAAUUUAUAGAAGUAAUCAUCAAAUAUCACGACUAAUUAAUCCAACACGUGAAUCUUGAUGAUGUGAGACAUAUUCUGUUGAUCUCAGCAGAUAUGAUUUUAUCUUAUUUUAUAUUUUCUCGUUUAAUGAUGAAAUAUAAUCCUCCUAUUUUAUUUUCAGGAAUGAUAGUGUGAAAUGUGAUUUUUAUUGAUCGGUUUCGGUGAUCUAUUAAAGGUAGGUAUUACUUUAUUCCUAGUAUAAUUAUCAGUAAGUAUAAGAUUCUAAUUUGUCAAUUAAUUUCAAUCCCUUAAUAAUAUCACAAUCUCUAUUCUUAAUACAGCAAGUGCUUUUCUCGAUUUUCGUAUAAAAUCCAUACCCAAACUAUUCUUCCUCUUAAGUCAUACCUUAUUUCAAAAUACCCAACUUGACAUAUAUGAAAUGGAUAUGAUCAGUAUCAACUAUCAAGGUUGUGGAACGUGCAACUAAUUAAAUUACCUUAAAUCGGCCGCAAACACAAUAUCCACACUUCCUCUAUAAAAAUGCAUGCAUUUGCAUCACCAUCCCACAAAAGCCACCCUUCUAAUCAUUACAUCAAAAAGCUCCCAUAGUUACAAGAGAAGGAAAGCAUGGCCGCAGUCGAAAAUUGGCCUCCACCCACGGCCGCCACCAAAUCAUCGUCGACAUCAAACCACGUUGAUGAAAAGCUGAGCCAGGAGUGCCAAGAUUUGCUUCUUUCCCUUCCAAGGGAGAAAGGUUGGAGAACUUCUUACCUCUAUAAGUUCAAAGGGUUUUGGUGCCAACCCAAGCAGAUUGAAGCCAUCCUAGCUUUCCAAAACCACUUCCAAGUCAAGGACACCGAUGCCAUCGUAGCCUCAAUCCCUAAAUCAGGCACCACAUGGCUCAAAGCCUUGGUAUUCUCCAUCUCAAACCGAGACAAACACCCCAUUUUAACCAAAUGCCAAAUCCUCCACUCCAAGCUGUCUCAUCCUUUGCUCGUCUCAAACCCUCAUGACCUUGUUCCUUUCUUCGAGUACAAGCUCUACGCAAACACUGAUGGCGAUCACGACCGUCUCCUCGACCUCUCAGGGCUCCCUGACCCGAGACUCUUUGCAACCCACAUACCCUUCGUAGCUCUACAAGAGCCCAUCAAGAAGUCGGGUUGCAAGAUUGUGUACAUAUGUAGGAACCCUUUGGACACGUUCAUCUCCUCGUGGAUUUAUACCAACAAGCUGAUGAAAGAGCGUGGCCUUCCACCUUUGCCCUUGGAGGAGGCAUUUGAGAUGUAUUGCAAAGGGGUGGUUGGGUUUGGUCCAUUUUGGGAGCAUAUGUUGGGGUACUGGAACGAGAGCAGGGAGAGGCCAAAGAAAGUGUUGUUCUUGAAAUAUGAGGAGAUGAGAGAGGACCAUGAAGGGUUUCAUUUAAGGAAACUGGCCAACUUUCUUGGCUGUCCAUUUUCGUUGGAGGAAGAGAAGAGUGGUGUGGUGGAGGGGAUUGCAAAGCUGUGUAGCUUCGAGAAGCUCAAGGAUUUGGAGGUGAACAAGAGUGGGAGUGGGGCGAUUAUGACCUUUGAGAACAAGCACUUGUUCAGGAAAGGGCAGGUUGGGGAUUGGGUCAAUUACCUGUCCCCUUCCAUGGUGGAGAAAUUGGUUACAGUCAUGGAUGACAAGCUUGGUGGCUCUGGCCUUGAAUUCAAACUCUCCUUUUCAUACUAAUAUAUUAGUAUGAAAUAAUUAAGCUUAAAGUUCAGCAAGCUAAGUUUGUUAUCAUUAUUAUUAAAUGUUUUAUUUUUAAUUUGGGAAGAUGGAUGCUUUGAGAAAUGUUUGUAAUGCUGCUAAAUGAUUUGUGUGAAGUAUAAAAUUUUCAGUUUGCUAAUUAUUUACAUCAUGUAAAUCAUGAACAUUUAAAUGCUUAUCUCCUAACUACUCUUUCAAUUCAUAAAUGUGACUAACACAUGUUUCAAUGGUUGGGAUAACAUUGUUGAAUAUAAAAGAUCACAAAUUAAUGAACUCUAAAUUAACAUCAUAGUUUUAUUAAUAUUCAAGUUAAUCAACCCCUAAAAUUGAGUGUAUUGAAUAUUUUAUACGCGUUCAGUUUACUUGCAACAUCAAACAAAUGGGGGGAAAACGUCUAGCAUGAGAAAUGAAGUUUCACAUAUUUCAUACACAUAUAGGCAUUGGUAGAUCCACGCUCUAUUCAAGAGGAGUUGUAGCCCCUCCCAACUUUCAAAUGUAGGUAAAACCAUUUGAGCAGUUUUUGAACUCAUUUCCGGGGGCCUGCCGCAUAUCGGACAUGCAUCCGGUUGAGCUAAGUGUCACUUGCAUCUCUCAACAUUAGUAAGUAACUUGUAAUGGAGCACCAGCUAGAAAAUGAUCUUGUUCUUUGUGGCUCCUCGAUCCUCCAUGCUCUCUUCCGAAUAGGGUGCGAAUGCGCAGCUUCCCCCUCUUAUCUAAGGAGGUCAAAGGCCGACUUAAUCGUGAAACACCCUAUCGGGGAUAGUCGCCAAAUUGGGAUAUCAAGAUCUCUCUCCAUAGGGACCGGAUGUUGUGCUAGCUGCAACACCAGAGCUUCAGGAAGAAACACCUGAAUAUAUGGUUGUUUCCAUUCUCCAUUUAGCACUAAUUCGGCCACUGUGAGCUCACGCAUUACAUCUGGAAGGUCAAUGGCGAAGUCUGCUAGUGGUGGCCCAUCCUGGAAUCAAACAUACGUAAAAAAUCGAGUUUGAGCCCUACUUUGGAUAUUACACACCGUACCCUGCAGAAUGUAGUUAUGGAUCCUUAAGACUUCUCUCCAUAUUUGACAAUCGACCCUUCUCCCUCGGCUGACACCCUCCAUCCAUUCACCUCAAAUAUUUACCCCUGACAACUCUAGCCCAUAAUUGGUCCGGUUCAGUCAUCAACCUCCACGCAAUAUUCAUCAUAAAGACCUCAUUCAUCCGCGUGGCACUGCGGAUACCUAGUGCCCCUCCUCCUUUUACUUACAUAGUGUAUCCCAGUCCACACGAUGAACCUUCCUUCCCUAGAUAGAGCUGCCCCAAAUAAAUUCGCAGAUCUUUUUAUCAAUAUACUCCCUUACAGAUGCCGGGAGGACAGAAGUCUUCAUAGUAUAAGUUGGGAGCAACGAUAAGACUGCUGAGCUAGUUUUAUUCUCGACGCCAAGAACAAUGAUUUAAUCUUCCAUCCAGCCAACCUCGCGUCAAUCCGAUCAAUGAGCUCAGUGUAUGUAGCCUUGGACACACGAUCAUGAAUCACGGGUACCCCCAAGUAUCAGCCAAGAUUUUUUGCCUCUCGAAUACCAAGUGCGCCGCUUAGAGCUCCUCCCUCGGCUGCAGUGACAUUCCUCGAGAAGAAGACAUGAGACUUGGGCCUGCUAACUUGUUGCGCGGAUGCCGCCCAGAACUCCUCUAGGCACAACAAGAUCACCUGUACCUGGUUCAUGGAAUAGCACUAGUUUUCAUUCGCCCUGUGCCACUGCCUUCGAGAUGAGAUGCUCGAGUCUCUCCAUACAUAAUGUGAAAAUGUAAGGUGAAAGCGGGCAGCCCUGGAGUAGUCCCCGAGAAGGUGAAAAAGACUCUGUUAGCCCAACAUUCCAGUGAAUAUGCAUGAUGGAAGAGUAAAUACAACUCAUGGUUAUAUCGAUAAAUUGAUGGAGGGCGCCCACCUCCUAUAGAAUAUCACGGACAAUAAUCCAUUUAAUCCUAU